GCUACAGCAGAUCACAACCAUGGACCUGUUGACAUUCGACAAGGAGAACAGUGAUCGUAUCAAGGCUGUGGAGAAUUCAUUUGGUGCCUCAGGCAACUCUCUGUCCAAACCAGGCCGGGUUCUGAUGGGAGAGGGCCGUCUGAUGAAGCAGGGUCGUCGGAAGCCCCAGCCGAAGGUUUUCUUCCUCUUCAAUGAUGUGCUGGUGUACGGCAGCAUCAUUCUGAACGGCCGCUGGCACAAAAAACAGAAAGUCAUACGUCUAGAGGACAUCCUGCUGGAGGACUUGGAGGACGGUGAAGAAAUGAGGAACCAAUGGCUGAUCCGUACACCACGCAAGUCCUUCUUUGUGUCUGCCUCUACACCCGAGGAGAAGCGGGCCUGGAUUGACCACAUCGAGAACUGCAGGUCAAGUCUGCUGCAGGAUGGCAGCUGCCAACCUCACACCAGCUUUGCUUCUUCCUGGAUCCCAAACCAGGCUGCCUUCAAAUGCAUGCGCUGUUUGAACAAGUUCACUACGACCAAACGUCGACACCACUGCCGAAAAUGUGGUUUUCUGGUCUGCAAUUCCUGCUCUAAACAGAGAGCAGUUAUAGACCACAUCCACCCCACUAAGAAACUGAGAGUCUGCAUGCGAUGCCACAGCGAGGAUAAGACGUCUCGCGUGAGGGGAGACAGCGCUGGGAAGAGCAGCUCAGAGGACGAAGAUGUGGCAGCACUCAGUGAUGAAGGGGAGAGAGGGGAAGAGAUUCAGGACUACACUCAAAGCAGCUGGCUGGACACUCGAGAGGGUACCUGGGGACGCACGGGCAUCUAUUCUUACCCAAGACCAAUGCAUCUGCGGCCCUAGUAUAACAUAACCACAUCAAGACUCUCUCACACGAAUCUGAAGCUUGUUAAAGUUCCAUGAAGAGAGAGUAUUUAUACCUUUACUACUGUUAUACUGCACUUUUUACACUGGAAACCCUUGGUGUGAAGUAAAACACAAAUGUAAAUAUUAUUUGACGUCAGAGGACAUUGAAAGGAAAAGUUUAUUCAGUAAACUUUAUUUGAUGUUUAUGUGUAAACAAAAAAAAUCAUUUAUACUUUGUACAGUUUCUUAUAUUUGCCUUUGAAAUGCUUUAUGGACAAUGAAGCACUCACAGAGAUGUGAGUCUGUUGUGAUGAUGUUGGAUGUACAAAUCUUAGAUUGGAGUUUCAAAGUGUUUGAGAAUAAACCAAUAAAUAACCACAAACUGUGA